ACUACGGGCAGAGAUAACGCUAUAUGUAGAACAUCUAGAUAUAAAUGAAACUUGGUUCAGUUCAUGUAAAUGUGGUAUGAUACUUGGACAAGUUCUUUAACGUAGAUAUAUAUUCAGUGUUAGAAGAAAUUGAAAACUGAAACAUAUAUAGUCAUUUAAAGUACAGGCGAAAUUUGGACGAACUUUCAACAAUUAUAGGAUUGGAAUUUUGACGACAUGGACUUUGCACCACUCCUAAGAGAUAUUCUGCCAGAAUAUGCAGACGACAGUUUUGGCACAAGCUUGUCAUCAGUCCAGGAAGCAGACGACAGCUUCAGCGCGAGCUUUGCAUCCCUACCGGAAGCAGAUGACAACGCAUUUCCGGACCCAGACGACAGUUUUAUGAGUCUUUUAGCGGAACACGAUGACUCGGAGAACUUCGGACUCUCGUUAAUCGAAAACAAUCAUGACCUGUUUGAUCUGAUGGCUCCUCUGAUGGACCCGACUCCGUUUUCACCGUUUCCAUGUGACGACAUCGAGGUACUUGGCGACACUUAUACGGAACUAAACCAACACCAAACGUUUGAAGACACUGAUCAAACUGAUCAAGCUUCCCCAUUGAGACAGCUUCUUCUUUCUAAGUCAAAGAUGCGGGAAUCUAGUGAAUUUGAAGACGAAACACAGAUUGAUUCACCGAAAAGUAGAAAAUCAAAGCGCUCGAAGUCACGAAGACAGGCGCGUGAACAAAAGACUCGCCGAGAUUCAUUAUUGAUGACGCGGGAGCCGGAAGUUAUACAGCAGGCAGAAAGUCCGAAAGAGAAGUUUAUAUCAAAGGCGUUAAAAUUUCCGCCAUGCGCAGUGUGCGGCGGAAAUGCUUCCGGUUUGCAUUAUGGGGUCAACAGCUGUGAAGCAUGUAAGGGCUUUUUCCGCAGGUAUAUUAUCAGAAACGAAGAAUAUAAAUGUAUAAAGGGAGGUAAUUGUAAAGUUGUGAAUAAAAAUCGCGAAAACUGUUCCGGAUGUCGGUUGAAAAAAUGUUUGGAUCUUGGAAUGUCAAAACAAAAUUCGAAACUAGGACGCUAUUCCCUCUCAAGAAGAACAGAGACCAUCAAGAAAGUUAAAAUAUUGGAAGGAAAGGUAAUCAACCAAAAGAAAGAAAAGACAGUUCCUGUUCCUGAAAACCCCUUCAAGUUUGACCACACGUACAGCGGUUUGGGUCAAUACAAGUCGUCUCCAGGACUAGAAGGGCUUGUCAGCGAGGACUGUUCGCCAGAUGCAAUUAUUGAAGACCUGGUGAACGCAAUGGAUAAUAUUCAACCGUAUGGCCCCACAAUCACGACACAGGACGAAAUUCAGACUAUUAUUGGUUAUCACCAACAACGAUACAAGUCAAAGCUAGAGGUUUAUGGAGAAAUGAAAGCAGUUCCGAGAGACGAGUACUACCAACUCCUUAAAGAUUACGGAAUUGACAUAGACGGGAGAAUUAAGGUGUUCAAAGAAUACGUCCUCAAAAUCAAACGAAUGUCUGAGCGAUAUUACAACUUUGCUUCACAAAUACCCGGGUUUACAAAGCUCGACUCUCAUGACCAAUCAAAUCUCCUAAAUGCUUCGAGGUGUGAUUUCUUCAUUACUUUAAUGCAUGAAGGCUACAGUGCCGAAUAUGACAUUCUUCUCGCGAGAAACGGCGUUGCAUACCACGUUGAAGAGCUAGCGGACAAAUGUUUCUCGCGAACACUUAUUAAAAUGAUUACCCAGGCAUACCACCGUAUUCAAAAGUUAGAGCUUACAAAAGAAGAAAAGGCUCUCCUCGUUGCGCUGACACUAGUUUUUACCGACAGAUGUCGAAUAGAAAAUCGAGAUCUUGUCGACAAAAUGCAGUAUCUCAUAUCGGAACUUAUCCGCUACCAAUUAGAGCGAACAUCAGGGCAAAACUCCUACAGCAGAUUUGCGAAGUUUACCGACUGUCUUGUGUAUCUAAGAGACGUAGCUGAACUUUACUGGCAGGAAUAUAGACAACUCUGCAAAGAUGACGUCAUUGUUGAACAUGUUCCGAUGGUGAAAGAGUUCCUAGCUGACGAAUGGUGAAAUAUCUUUGCUCAUUUGGGACAUUAGCCUCCUAGAUGACAGAGAUGACAGACGACUUUGCGUGAUACAAAAGCAGUUACGGACCCUUAAAAUGUGCUAUUGUGUAUGAUAUGGCAUUGCUACAAGAGAUGGCAUUAUUCAAUGAAGAAAAGUAUUAGUGUAUAUAGUUAUGUCUUUCAAGAUUUUCAAGAUCAUCUGAUCUUUUGUACCCGUGUAUAGCUUCAAUUGAAUGCAAAGACAUCGCAAAAGAGUAUUGGCCAUGGUAUUUUCACAGGGUCAAUUGUUUUAUAUAAUAGUCUGCUUUUGAAAAAAAAAUGAUACAUACAUGUUCAUCCAUUUCCCGCGUUUUUUUUAUUUGCUCAACGUAAAUAAUCAUAGAAGUUGCGUUUUAGCAACGUUACUCUUCUAAGAGAAGAAAUAGAGGAUAAUUAUUGUUGUUAUUAUUAUUAUAUGCCUAAACAGGAUUAAAAAUGACAGUUAAUUGCUGUUUAACAGAAAACGUGCCUAAUUGUAUUUGAACGUAACGUCAUUUCGAAAAUGACGUCGUUGAAAUAGUAUCUCACAGCCCUGUUCUCACUGAUGUUUUAUUUGGAAGUGAGAUCGGGCUUAAAUUUUAAACAAUGAAAAUAUCAAAUUGUUAUUUCAUUGUAUGCAACAGUGGGAUAUAACUAAUAUUUCACUGAUAAAUCUCUAUGAAUCACAUGUGCACAUAUAAUAAAAACUGAUGAUUUU